AAACUCACAUUUUCCUCUUCGUCUGCCAUCGACUCAUCGUGUGGCUCUUUCAUUGCGGCCAGCAGCUCCAGCCUCCAGCAACGGUGAGCGAGGCCCCGGGACCUCUCCUCUCUCCCCGCCGCCGCUGUUCUUGCACCGAGAGAACUCCAACUUUUCGCGAGUUGAGGGUUGGCCUUGGGAGGAGGCGGGGCAAUGGGCAGCAGCACGGCGGAGAAGUUCAGGUUCUGCAUUGACAGGGGCGGCACCUUUACUGACAUCUAUGCCGAGGUACCCGGGAGAAGAGAAGGCUACGUCAUGAAGCUUCUCUCCGUCGACCCGUCGAACUACGACGACGCGCCCAUCGAAGGGAUCAGGAGGAUCCUGGAGGAGUUCUCUGGAGAGAGGAUCCCCCGGUCGGCCAAGAUCCCCACCGGCAGGAUCGAGUGGAUCAGGAUGGGCACCACGGUCGCCACGAACGCCCUCCUGGAGAGGAAGGGCGAGAGGAUCGCGCUUUGCGUGACAAGGGGGUUUAGGGAUUUGCUCCAGAUCGGUAACCAGGCUCGCCCGAACAUAUUCGACCUCAAGGUGUCAAAGCCGUCGAAUCUUUACGAGGAGGUGAUUGAGGUCGACGAGCGAGUUGAGCUCGUUCGGGAUGGUGACAGAGAUGAGUCAUCUGUUGAAGGGAUCUCUGGGGAACUGGUGAGGGUGUCAAAACCUGUCGAUGUCCAAGCACUGAAGCCUCUGUUGAAAGGUUUGCUUGACAAGGGGAUCAGAUGCUUGGCAGUGGUGUUGAUGCAUUCGUACACUUAUCCUCACCAUGAACUCCUGGUUGAGAAGUUAGCUCUGGGGAUGGGAUUCAAGCACGUAUCAUUGUCUUCGUCUCUGACACCGAUGGUCCGUGCAGUGCCUCGGGGCCUGACGGCAAGCGUGGACGCGUAUCUCACACCAGUGAUCAAAGAGUACCUAUCGGGAUUCAUGUCGAGAUAUGAAGGGGGCUCUGAACAAGUGAAUGUGCUAUUUAUGCAGUCAGAUGGAGGACUAGCACCAGAGAGGCGAUUCUCUGGGCAUAAAGCAGUAUUGUCAGGCCCUGCAGGUGGCGUGGUUGGCUAUUCGCAGACCUUAUUUGGACUUGAGACAUCCAAGCCACUGAUUGGGUUUGACAUGGGAGGUACAUCCACAGAUGUCAGCCGCUAUGAUGGAAGCUAUGAACAAGUUCUGGAGACACAGAUUGCUGGGGCUAUUAUUCAAGCUCCCCAGCUUGACAUAAACACUGUGGCUGCUGGUGGCGGAUCAAAGCUUAAGUUUCAAUUUGGCGCUUUCAAGGUUGGGCCAGAAUCUGUUGGAGCACACCCUGGUCCAGUUUGUUACCGAAAAGGUGGUGAGCUAGCAAUUACCGAUGCCAAUUUGAUCCUAGGAACCGUUAUUCCUGAAUACUUCCCAUCAAUAUUUGGUCCGAAUGAAGACAUGCCUCUUGAUUAUGAGGCUACAAGAAAGGCCUUUGAAAAUCUUGCACUUGAAAUCAACUCUCACCGAAAGAGUCAGGACCCAUCAGCAAAGGACAUGACAAUUGAAGAGGUUGCACUUGGGUUUGUCAAUGUCGCAAAUGAGACAAUGUGCCGGCCUAUACGCCAACUGACUGAAAUGAAGGGGCACGAUACAAAGAACCAUGCCCUCGCAUGCUUUGGUGGUGCUGGUCCACAACAUGCAUGCGCAAUGGCAAGGUCUUUGGGCAUGUCUGAGGUACUUGUCCACCGGUACUGUGGAAUACUAAGUGCAUAUGGGAUGGGUCUUGCUGAUGUCAUUGAGGAUUUGCAAGAACCAUACUCUGCUGUUUAUAAUACCGAUUCUUCUGCAGAAGCAUCUAGAAGAGAAGCCCUUUUAGUAAAACAUGUGAAAGAAAAGCUGAGGGAGCAGGGUUUUGGAGAGGAGAGCAUCAGGACAGAUUCAUACUUGAAUUUGAGGUAUGAGGGAACUGAUACAGCCAUAAUGGUUAGACAGCCAGAGCAAGGAUCUGGAAAUGACUAUGCUGAUGAGUUUGAAAAAUUAUUUCAGCAAGAGUAUGGCUUCAAAUUGCUAAACAGGAAAAUACUCAUAUGUGAUGUGAGAGUUCAGGGUGUUGGUACUACAAACAUCCUGCAGCCUCGUGAACUGACGCAAAUAUCAACCAAACCUGUGCAAGAAAGUUCAUGCCGGAUUUAUUUUUCAAGUGGAUGGCAAGAUACUCCGCUGUACAAGCUUGAGAAUUUGGGUUAUGGCCAUCUAUUGGAGGGUCCUGCAGUUAUUAUGAAUGGGAAUAGUACUGUGAUCAUAGAAAAAGACUGUAAAGCCAUAAUUACAAAGUAUGGUAACAUAAAAAUAGAUAUCAAUGCAGCUCCAAGCACUGUAUCGAUAUCAGAGAAAGUUGCAGAUGUGGUCCAGCUUUCUAUUUUCAAUCACCGAUUCAUGGGCAUUGCUGAACAGAUGGGUCGGACACUUCAAAGAACUUCAAUUUCCACUAACAUAAAGGAAAGGCUAGACUUCUCUUGUGCUCUCUUUGGUCCAGAUGGCGGCCUUGUUGCAAAUGCACCUCAUGUCCCUGUGCAUCUAGGAGCCAUGUCUAGUACUGUGUGUUGGCAGCUUAACUUUUGGGGUGAGAACCUCAAUGAGGGUGAUGUUCUUGUAACAAAUCAUCCAUGUUCUGGGGGGAGCCAUCUUCCAGACAUAACAGUUGUCACACCAGUUUUUGAUCACGGUAAGCUUGUCUUUUUUGUUGCUAGUCGAGGCCACCAUGCUGAGAUUGGUGGCAUCACGCCAGGAAGCAUGCCUCCUUUCUCAAAGUGUAUUUGGGAGGAAGGUGCUGCCAUCAGAGCAUUUAAACUUGUCGAAAGGGGUGUUUUCCAAGAGAAAGGAAUAAUCCAGCUGCUGCAGUCACCUUGCUCUGAUGAACUUGCUGGCUAUAAGAUCCCAGGAACACGUAGGAUCCAAGAUAAUCUUUCCGAUCUCCGUGCUCAGGUUGCGGCAAACCAGAGAGGUAUAGCACUUAUCAAAGAACUCAUAAAUCAGUACGGGUUGAUCACUGUUCAAUCAUAUAUGAACCAUGUUCAAAAGAAUGCUGAGGUAGCUGUCAGGGAGAUGCUCAAAACAGUUGCGUCUAGAGUUGCAAAGGAGAAUGGAUCAUGUGUUGUCGAGGAUGAAGAUUAUAUGGAUGACGGCUCUGUCAUUCACUUGAAACUCACCCUUGAUGCUAUUAAAGGUGAAGCUACAAUUGACUUCGAGGGUACCAGUCCUGAGGUCUAUGGCAACUGGAAUGCUCCUGAAGCAGUCACAACAGCUGCUGUCAUAUACUGCCUACGCUGCUUGGUGGAUGUUGAUAUACCACUAAAUCAAGGCUGCCUAGCGCCUGUGAAGAUCCUCAUUCCUAAGGGCUCUUUCCUCUCACCAAGUGACAAGGCUGCUGUUGUUGGUGGCAAUGUGCUGACGUCUCAGAGAGUGACCGAUGUUAUCCUAAUGGCGUUCCAAGCCUGUGCCUGCUCUCAGGGCUGCAUGAACAAUUUGACCUUCGGGGACGACACCUUCGGUUACUACGAGACCAUCGGAGGUGGAUGUGGAGCUGGGCCGACAUGGGACGGCACUAGCGGUGUUCAGUGUCACAUGACAAAUACAAGGAUGACUGACCCUGAGAUCUUUGAGCAGCGGUACCCUGCCCUUCUGCACACAUUUAGCAUCAGGGAGAACAGUGGAGGUUCUGGUUUACACAGAGGUGGUGAUGGCCUUGUAAGGGAGAUUGAGUUCCGGCGGCCUAUUGUUGUGAGCGUUCUAUCUGAGAGACGGGUGCAUGCUCCCAGGGGACUCAAAGGAGGACGAGAUGGAGAUCGUGGUGCAAACUAUUUAGUCAGAGAAGAUGGUAGAAAGAUUUACCUUGGAGGAAAGAACACUGUAACGGUCAGUGCUGGUGAUAUCCUUCAGAUUUUCACGCCCGGUGGCGGUGGCUUUGGCUGUCCUUGAUGGCACUUCCUGCAGACGCGGACCUUCCUCCAUUUGUUUCCUACCUUUGUACACCAGUAGCUCUAUUUAGAUCGCGAUUAAAAUAAAACGUAAUAAAACCGCCAACAACUGGAGAUUCCUUAUGCUAUUGUUGCUCCCCGAGGCAUUGGAUCCGAAUGCAGCAUGAAUGGUGCUAUUGUUUAUCAGAUAUCAUUUAUGUGAAACCAGCAAUCCCAAAAUUGGUGAUGAAUGAUGCUUGCUCUUUCUUCUUGUUUU